AUGGAGGAAAAGAUAAGCAAAGAAAAACGCUUCACAAUCCCGAUAUGGGCCUUAUUACUAAGUGAAACGAUCUUCGUUGCCGGGGGUUUAUGUCUCAUCAUUGGUCUACUUUUCACAUAUGCCACCACGACAUCAUUGACGACAUUUGGAACGAGUUUAAGAAAUACAUUGAUUAAUCAAACCAUUGGGAAUGUUACAGCUUCGCUAGUCCAAAUGGAAGAUGCGCUGUUUACAAUGACAGAAAAUGCAUUGAUGAUGACAUUUGCCAGUCUGGAUCCAUCUGUUGCUACCAAUGGUGGCAUUUCAUCAGGCAUGUCUCUCUUUAAGAUCGUCGCCAGUAGUAAUACAGCUGCCCAAUCGAUUUUAUCUUUAGCCGGCUCAGCUUGCAGACACAUUCAGGCUUGUGAGGGAGCAGGAAUGGGCCUUGGUGAUAAUAUGAUGAUGGCGUAUUCCCACUCUGGAAAUGCGUUUACCAUUCAAGACGUCAGUACUGGCUCAGGGUCGUCACAAACCACUGCCGCUUACUCUUACUCGGUAGACUCUGGCACUUAUCGUGCCGUUCUGAAUUCCUCGACGUUUCUGACUUCAAUUCCAUGGAAUUACAAUGCCUCCACAUGGCUAGCCACAGCGGGAUGGACUGCCAGAACCACGUCAACCCCAAUGUGGGGAGCGGAUGCGAGAUCUGUCGUCCCAGUUACGGGAACCUCAUACUUUUUAAUCUACCUGUCGUAUUUCAGAGUGUUUUACCCAAAUAUGGCGAUUGACACUGGAAAUCCUGCUCAACAUUUUUCGACGAUGGCUUGGAUUGGACUUUCUUUAUCGUCACUUGAAGGUGCAUUGUCCGAAUUCUCUGUCACUCCUAAUGGCAUGGUGUAUAUCGUCACCCCCACUGGCCUGAUGGUAUCGUCGUCAAUCAAGAAUGUUUCUCAAAUCAACUAUGGUCCGACCUCAUAUAAAGCAGCUGACUCUCCGAACUCCUAUAUUCGGGAAUCGAAUCUAUAUCUGACCUCGCAGUUUGGCUCUUUAUCAAAUAUCCCAGCAUCUGGCUUAUCCACUACCUUCUCAUCAUCAACCGGAGAAUCCCUACUGUGUGAUGUUGAAUGGCUGAAUAGAACCAAUCUUCAAUGGAUUGUCAUUACCGUUAUUCCUCGAAGUGAUAUUUGGGGCCCAGUUGAUGCCAAUUCUCGUGACGUUGUAAUUUCGACAAUUGUAGUAGGCAUAUUUGGUGGCCUUAUCUCUGUCGCAAUGGCACUCGCUUUGACACAACCUAUUCGUCUCCUCCAAAUCCAAAUGGUCAAGGCUCGUGAAUUUGAUUUCAGUGGGUUGAAAUCUGGAUACCUUGAAUCUCGAUCUAUCUUUACUGAGAUAAACAGUAUGCAGACCACAUUUGUACAAAUGCUACAAAAGUUUGCCAACGGAAUUAAGCAAAACAAGGAGCUUCUGCACGGAAAUAUUCGCUCCACGGUCGCUACCUCAGUCGCUCGACCGAGCGCUAAUGCUGGACAUUCAGAGAAUCGUACAACUUCAGAAAUUCGCAAAUCCGUUACAAGAAAUUGA